UGGCUCAGUCGUCUGCCAGUUGCCACAGGAGAAGGACGCUCCACUUGGGCUGAGCUUCCAUUACAUUAGCAUAUUCUCCAUCUUUGUUUUUUUUUUGUUGAAGGGAUUUGUUUGUUUGUUCUAGCAGACUGCUCUUUGAUGUUGUUUCGAUUGAAAAAAGAUUUGUUUGGCAAAGGGAGACCUGUUUUUUGUGUGAUGGCUGACUGAAAAAAUUGGCCACGUUUUUUGUGCACAUGGACCUGGACGUGUUACGGUGAUUGUGUCGUGAUGCUCGUUAUUCAAAUUGAAAUCAUAAUGACCCGUCGUGUCGGACGAUCGUCGUGUGUUUCAAACGAAUUUCAGCCAAUCAGGAAUUAAAAACUCGAGUGUUUAUAACAUUUAUUUUGAUUGGACUGUCUUUUUGUAAAGAAAAAUAACACAAAGAACUCCAUCACCAUUAAUUGUUGGUGGACAUAUAGAGGGAGGAGCGUUGGGUAGGUUUUUUUCCCCCGGUGGAAUUGAUGCUGCCAUGACAGAGAAGCGCUGGCGGUUAGGAGCAACAGCAGCGGCAGCUGACAACGGGAAAUUCUUUGGAAGAGAGAAAGCAAAGCGGGCGAAAAGGAGACAAUCACAACAUCAGCCAAGAACAGCGGCAUGUCGGCUACGUAUUCAACGUGCGUACAAGGCCGUCGGCGGCGGAGGCACCGUGCUGGACGAGAUGGAUCGAUCGGCCAGGAGCCAGCACAACCUAACGCGAGCCAAGUAGCCGUUAGCUUAUCAUUAGCUGACCAGCAGAGCAGACGGCCGACUCGCUUUUCGUGGUGGUGUACCGGACUGGCCCAACUCGUUUUACCGCCACUGCUCAUCUUGCUCUCUAUUGGCUGUCCCGUUUCGGCCGAUCAGGACGCCAAACGGCUUUACGAGGAUCUACUGACCGACUACAAUCGUCUUAUACGGCCAGUCGGAAAUAAUUCCGAUCGGUUGACUGUCAAACUCGGAUUGAAACUCUCUCAGCUCAUCGACGUCAACUUAAAGAAUCAAAUUAUGACGACCAACAUGUGGGUGGAACAGGAAUGGUUCGACUACAAGUUAAAAUGGGAUCCGGAGGAAUACGGCGGUGUCAAGACGCUUCACGUUCCAUCCGAGAACAUCUGGCUGCCCGAUAUCGUCCUCUACAACAACGCCGAUGGCAAUUACGAGGUGACCAUUAUGACGAAGGCCAUCUUGCGGCACGACGGAACUGUGACGUGGAAGCCACCGGCAAUCUACAAGUCGUUUUGCGAGAUCGACGUCGAGUACUUUCCUUUCGACGAGCAAACGUGUUACAUGAAAUUCGGAUCGUGGACAUCCGACGGCAAUACGGUUGAUUUGCAGCAUUUGCACCAGACACCCGACUCGAAUUUGAUUCAGGUGGGCAUCGAUUUACGCGAGUACUACUUGAGCGUCGAGUGGGACAUAAUGAAAGUGCCGGCCCAGCGCAACGAGAAAUACUACAGCUGUUGCGGUGACACGCCCUUUCCCGACAUCUUCUUCAACAUCACGUUGCGACGGAAAACGCUCUUCUACACGGUCAAUUUGAUCAUCCCGUGCGUCGGUAUUUCAUGCCUGUCUGUUUUGGUGUUCUACUUGCCGGCCGAUUCCGGCGAGAAGAUGUCGCUUUGCGUGUCGAUCCUCUUGUCGUUGACCGUCUUCUUCCUCCUGCUGGCCGAAAUUAUUCCGCCGACUUCGCUGACGGUGCCCUUGCUGGGCAAGUAUCUCCUUUUCACCAUGAUCCUAGUGACGCUGUCCGUCCUGGUGACUAUCAUUGUGCUCAACGUCAACUUCCGAUCACCUUCCACCCACCGGAUGGCGCCUUGGGUCAAGCGGGUCUUCAUCGGAUUUUUGCCGAAAUUGCUGUGCAUCACCAGGCCGGCCCGGACGCAGCAGCUCAGCGAGUGGGAGAUGAACGCGUUGUCCACUCGCGGUACCGAGAUAUCCAUCAUUCCCGUUGGCCAGCAUCAACUAAGAAGCGGAUGCUCGGAUUCUUCAUGGCCGCUCAAUUGCUCGUCAACGACGGCCGUUCCGGCGGCCACUUCUGGAGCUACGUCUUCUUCCAUUGACAUGGAAAUGCCGUACAGACAAACGCCGGCCAAACAACAGCAAGGUCAGCAAAGUUGCGGUGGCACGGCUUCCGCUUCCCGAAACGGCCGUUCCAGUCAGUUAUCCGGACCGCCGCCGCCACUGGCCGCCGCUGUGGCGGCAGCUGAGAAUGGCGCUGCCUGUCAACAGCACGGAUGUAAUAAUAGCGGAGUCAAACAGCGGACGUCCAUCCAUCAGCAGCCGGCGCUGCCCGUCGAGAUGGAACAUUCCAUCGAAGACGUCCGUUUCAUCGCUCAACAUAUGAGGAACAAGGAUCGAUUCGACAGCGUGAUUGAAGAUUGGAAAUUUGUGGCUAUGGUGCUCGAUCGCUUCUUUCUCUGGCUGUUCUUCGUGGCUUGCGUGGCCGGCAUGGCCAUCAUCAUCCUACAGGCGCCCUCCCUUUACGACACUACCCAACCCAUCGACAUUAAAUACUCCAAAAUCGCCCAGAAGAAGCUCAAACUCAAGAAUAUGGAUCACGAUUUUGCGUUUACCUAAUACGACGACGAACGAUGACAACAAAGCUCAGUGGUUACCUAAAGCUGAAACAGCAAAAUUAAAAAUUAUUAAAUGAAACUGCGAGGGAAAAAACGAACAAAACAAAAUUUGUUAAAUUCUAUCGGAAAUAAUGUGGAUUUUUUUUCUUCUCUCACAGCGGUGGCGCUACUGUUGUUCCUCACAUUGUUAUUUUCAAAGUGUUAAAAACCAUCGGCAUUCUAUCAGCUCGCAAUAACAAUGGAGAAGCCAAUUCAGACGUAAAUAACUAAAAAUAAUCAACUAAUUAAAAUGAAAUCCCAUUGGCUUUUAUCGGCGUGCCCUGCUGACAUUUUGAAAAAUUGAAAUCGACAAAAUGUGAAAAAUCUCUGUGCUUCUUAAAUCAUGUUACAUACUUAUCUAUCAUGUUUUCUUGUUUAUUUGUUUUUGAUUUUUUUAAAAAUCUUUUUUCUUGUUGUGUAUUAUACACUAUCAUGUUUUCCGGUUCUUCAGCAAAUUCUACAAAGCAUAUCUGCAAA